AUGUCGAGCAUAGCAGCUAAACUCAAGGACGAAGGGAAUGCUCUUGUCAACGAGAAAGACUACGAGGGUGCGAUUGAGAAGGAUUCAGCUAUCAUCUUGAGGCUCUCUCUCGCCCAUGUAUCAGCGCCCAGCGCUGUUCAACCUCAGAAGGUUGAGAAUCGUGGCGACGAGGCUCAAAACACAUCAUGCGCCUAUCCCCACCAUGCGAUUCCUUUGUACCGUGUCUAUUCGAGGUCGGGUACCGACCAUUUCUAUACCACCAAUGGCGCGGAGAUGGUGAAUGCGGUCAGCAAGCUGGGAUACGCGUACGAAGGCGAACCUGGCUAUCAGGGGCGCGACCAUUUCUAUACCACAUCGGCCAGCGAGCGUGACAAUGCCGUGAACCACCUUGGGUACACUGACGAAGGCAUUGCCGCCUACGUUUAUGCCACCAAUAUCCGCGGAACCAUCCCGCUCUACCGCACCUACAGCCCAGGCGCUACGGAUCACUUCUACACGACGUCUGCGUCAGAGCACGACAAUGCAGUGGCCCAUUUGGGUUACAAUGACGAGGGCAUUGCGGCGUAUGUGGUCCUCACGCCAUCUUGA